AUGGCGCUCGCGCGCGUGAUUCGUGCAUCACAUUGCGCGCGCGCGCGAACGCUCGCGAGGCGACGCGCGGUGCGAACGAGCGCGCGCGUGAACGGUGCCGGCGCGCUCGGUCGUCGUCCGGUCGCGAUCGAAGCUUUUUCGUCAUCGUCGCCAAUCACGAUGGAUGCGUCGACCGCGUCGAACGCGAAGACCUUCAUCGAUGGCUUCAACGCGGAAUACUUGGCGAAGCACAAGACGUACGAGGAUAACUUUUGGGCGACGAAGAUGAACCUGAGCGGGAACGACGUGGAGGCGCUGACGACGUCUUUCAACGCGCUGGAGAAGUUCAUGGGCGACGCCGGGCUGUUGGAAAAGACGCGAGAGUUUUUGGCUCGAAGCGACGUCGAGGCGUCCGAUCGAGUCGUGCUCGAACAAAUCGAAAAGACACUGAAGUGCUACAUCGUGGAAUCGGACGAGGCGGUGCGACUUCGUGAGAGCGCGAUCGCGAAGGAGAACGCGUUGCAGAGCGCCCGGAAUAAGCGAGAGCUCGGAUACACGGACGCGAGUGGAAACUUUGUCAAGGCCACGCCGACCGUUUUGCGCACGAAGAUUCGCAGCAGCGAUGAGGAAGCCGUUCGUAAGAGCUGCUGGGAAACGCUUCGCGCGAACGGUCCAUUAUUGUGCGAUAACGGUUUCCCCGCCAUCAUCGCCGAGCGUAACAAAUUCGCGAGAGCGCUCGGCUUUGAAGACUUUUACGACAUGAAGGUCACGCAAGCCGAAGGCUUCAACAAGAAGAAGUGCUUCGAAAUGCUCGACGGAUUGGAAGAGGCGACGCGGCCGAUCAUGCACGCCGCGCGCGAGCGAUUGAAGCGCGAAAAGGGAGAGGCCGCGACCAAGGGUUGGAACACGGCGUACUACCUCAGCGGCGAGCUCACGCAAUUGAUCGAUCCGUACUAUCCGUUUGAAAACGCCCCCGAGGUUUGGGGUCGAUCGUUCGCUUCGAUGAAUAUCGCGUACAAGGGCACGACGAUGCGUCUGGAUCUCUGCGAUCGGGUCGGGAAGUAUCCAAAUGGCUUCUGCCACUGGCCGACGCCUCCGUUCGUAAAGGGUGACGGCUCGUGGGUGCCGUCUGAAUCCAACUUCACCUCACUCGCGACUCCGGAUGAAGUCGGUAGUGGUAACACCGCGCUGACGACGCUCAUGCACGAGGGCGGACACGCCGCGCACUUCGCGAACAUCGUGCAAGGAUCUCCCGUGUUUGCUCAAGAGCGCGCCCCUUUCAGCGUCGCCCUGGCGGAGACGCAGUCAAUGUUUUUGGACGCUUUGUGCGAGGACGCCGCAUGGCAGGCUCGUUACGCCAAGGAUCGCAACGGAAAUGUCAUUCCUUGGGAUUUGAUCGAGCGCAACAUUCGGGAGAAACACCCGUAUAAGGUUUUCGCGCUUCGCGGCAUGCUCGCGGUGCCGUACUUUGAAAAGGCGCUCUACGAGCUUCCGGAGGAUCAACUCACGACGGAGAACAUCUGCCGAAUCGCCGACGAGAUUGAGGAGAAGAUUCAAGGGGGUUUCAGUGGCAGACCGCUCAUGAGCGUUCCGCACAUUCUCGCCGACGAAUCGAGCGCGUACUAUCACGGCUACGUCUUCGCGGAAAUGGCGGUGCAUCAAACGCGCGAAUACUUCUUCAACACGGAGGGAUACAUCGUCGACAACCCCGCGGUCGGUCCUAAGCUCGAGAGCGAGUACUGGCGCGCGGGCAGUGGAAAGCCUGGUUUCUUGGGUCUCGUGAACAAUCUCACGGGCAAACCGCUGUCCCACGACGCUUGGGUCAAGGAGCUCGGCGAAGACGUGGACGAUCUCGUCAAGUCUGAGCGCGAGGCGUACGAAAAGUCCCUCGCCGAGGCGCAGACGGCGAGCGACGUAGAUUUGGACAUGCGAAUGCUCUUCGUCGAUGGCGACACCGUCAUCGCCGAUUCUCAAGCCGAGGGCGGAUUCUUGAAGGCGUGCGCCAAGUUCAAGAGUUGGAUUCACGAAAAGUGGCCAAAGACGGCGUCCGUCGCGGCGUGA